AUGUCCUUUUCAAAAACCCUUCCCGUUAAUAAUGAUACGGAUAAUGAAGAAGAAUAUUAUGAUAAGUUAUACUUCGAUUCGGACACAACAGACGAAGAAGAAUCUGAUGUUCCAGAAGCUUCUUCUAAAAAAUCAAAGAAAUUGUUAAAUCAAGAGCAAAGGAAAAAAUUGACGAAUGAUGAACUUUUAUAUGACCCAGAAUUAGACAAUCAAGAUGAACUUUGGAUGGAAAAGAAAUUAUCUCGAUAUUCUUCAAAGGCUAAACAAAAAGUAUCGACGUCAAAAUCAUCAGAGAUACCGAGUGGAACAGAUGCCAUAUUAUCUUGUCCUCUAUGUUUCACUCCAUUGAGUUAUCAUACACAAAGACACGAACUUUAUUCAAAUCAGUAUCGUGCAAUUUUUGUUGAAAAUUGUAAGAUUAUUAGAACAGAAAAAUUAUUGUAUAAUGAAAAUAGACUCAGAAAUAAAAAUCGUAAAAGUAAAAAUGAGAAACUAUCUAAUGAACUAAUUACUGGACAAGAAACUUAUUAUUCUGUUGUAUUUGAAACUUGCGGUACCAAGGUUGCUGUAAUUGAUGAAGAUGAAGUAUUUCAUUUUUUUAAUGUUAUUCCAUCAUAA